AUGGGGUCCGUCACCGUCGACGACAACUACACCGCCGCAGACUUCGGCGUCCUGGAGGACUGCCGGGCAGACGACACGUCGCUGCAGGCCUUCAUGGUGUCCAAACCGCGGGGGUUCCUGCCGCGAGCCGACCCCGUGUGGAAGCUCCCCUCAGAGUUCGACCCGCUCGAGGACAUCCUGCAGCGCAUGCCGGUGAGGACGGCGUCCGGGGAGCCCGGGCUGCUGGCGCAGAACCGGCUGGGGCCGACGGUCGACGCCGACUUCCCCGACCUGACGUGGGCCGUCGACAAGUACGCCGCCGACAAGCCGCUCAUGAACGCCCUGUACCGCGACUACUCGUUCCUGCUGUCCGCGUACCUGCUCGAGCCGUGCCAUGAGCGGUUCCUGCGCGGCGAGCCCUAUGGCCUUGGCCGUCAGAGAUUGCCGGCUGUUAUUGCCAGGCCGAUGGCUAGGGUUGCUGAGCUGACCGGCUUCAUGCCAUUCAUGGAGUACGCCGGCAGCUAUGCCCUCUACAACUACAAGCUGGUAGACCCAGCCAAGGGCAUGGACUACGACAACAUCCGGCUGAUCCGGGCCUUCGAGCACGGGCUGGACCACACAUCCAGCGAGGCCGGAUUCGUGCUCGUGCACAUCGACAUGGUCAAGAACUCGGGGCCCUUGGUGUCGGGGACGGUGGAGGCGCUGCAGGCGGCGCACUCGAGCCGGGCGGAGCUGAACACAGCCAUGGCGAAGCAGCUGGGCGCGCUGCGGCGCAUCAACGCGACGAUGGAGACGAUGUGGAUGAAGUCGAAGCCGCGCGACUACACGACCUUCCGCACCUUCAUCUUCGGCAUCACCUCGCAGUCCAUGUUCCCGGACGGCGUCGUGUACGAGGGCAUCAACGACGGCAAGCCCAUGUCGUUCCGCGGCGAGUCGGGCGCCAACGACUCCAUGGUCCCGCUCAUGGACAACUUCCUCCAGAUCCCCAUGCCCGACACCCCGCUCACCGAGAUCCUCAAGGACUUCCGCAAGUACCGGCCCUCCAACCACCGCGCCUUCCUGCAGCACGUGCGCGAUCGCUCCGUCGAGGUCAACCUGCGCGAGUUCGCGCUGCGACUGCAGGCGGCGCCCGGCGUCGAGGAGGAGGAGGCCGUCUGGGAGAGCAGGCGGCUCUGGCUGCAGCUGCUGGACCAGGUGCGCGAGUUCCGCUGGCGCCACUGGUGCUUCGGCAAGGAGUACAUCCUGAAGAUGACGGACCACCCUACUGCGACGGGCGGCAGCCCCAUCGUCACGUGGCUGCCGAACCAGCUCAAGGCGGUGCUCAACGACAUGGUCAACAUCGCGGCCAAGGUGGGCGAGGAGAAGCUCGGGGGUGAGGUCCAGGCUAUUAUGGACCUGGUAAGGCGGCAGGAGGAGACGUUGCGGAAGGAGGUCGAGAAGUACUGCGAGGAGCGGGGUGUUGAUAGGUCCUAA